AAAUAUAAUGUAAGGCCGGGAAUAAGACAAGCGUAAAGGUGUGAUAAAAUUGAAUUAAGAUUAAUUUUUAUUCACAACUGCCGCGAGCUUUUUACCAUAACUUGAUUUUCGUACCGCCACACUCGGCCGUUCCCACGGUUAUCAGAUUUGCGACAAGGACACGUAUUAGCACAACAACCGAGGACAUUCGUUCGUCCUUCUAUAUUCGCAAAUCAGACUCUUAGACGCUUCGUUGCUUGUCAUUGCCGUGUUCGACUCGUAGCUGAGGCAUCUCGUGGCUUCCACAUGCAGCGGUGAUUGGAUGAUUUUAUCGACUAGACUAUUGGAUUAGAAAUCGUUCCAAUGGCGAUGUUCGUCGAAAUAUUUCCACGAAAAAAACAUAAUUUUUAACCUAACCUGUAGGAAUCGAACAGAUCGCGUAAUGAUCAUUCGAACAGUUUUCUGAUCACUCUUUUGUCAGGUACAAUAUGCAUGUGUCUUGUGGUGUUACGGAGUUACGCAACUUUUCUUGAUCAAUGGAAUUCAUCGGUGCUCGUUAAAACGAAAACGUAGUUCUCCACGUAUUUUCUGCAAUCGAUUUCCGGCACCAAAUGGAUUCAUCAAGAUCUCAAGACAACGGAUUUCUGAAACCAAAAAUUAUACAGAAAUCGAAAAGUGCCCGUCAAAUCUUCGCAGCCGUAUCUGCUACUCUGAUCUUGAUUGCAAGUGGAUUUCACAUAGGAUGGGCGUCUCCGUCUUUGGCAAAGCUGCAAGCUAAAGACUCUGACAUCUUCGUCACGUCGAGCCAAGGUUCUUGGAUCGCUAGUUUUCUUCUAAUGGGUAGUAUCUUCGGUACGAUACUUGCUCUCUUGGUGGUCGACAGAUGGGGCAGAAAAACGCUACUGCUUUUGAUGUCAAUCCCUUUAUUCGUUUCGUGCGUACUGAUCGCUCUCGCACAAACCUACUGGUGGUUUUACCUGGCACGGUUCACCGCUGGCAUUGGCAAUGGUGCUAUUUUCACUGGCAUGCCAAUUUACGUAAGUGAAAUUGCUGAAGACAGGAUGCGCGGAGCGUUUGGGAUCCUGGCUACAGUUAUGAUGAAUUUAGGAACCCUCGUGUCAUACGGAAUUGGUCCUUGGGUGAGCCGAGCUACUCUUGCAAUGGUUGGAGCUAUCGUUCCCGUUGUCUACGCCUUGACGUUUAUCUGGAUGCCCGAAACGCCGUACUACUUCGCGAUGAAGAGUGUUCACAAAAAGAGCGUUAAGAGUCUAAGAUGGCUGAGAGAGAUAUCCGACGUUACCGAAGAGGUGAAAAAAAUUCGUAUUAACGUUACGUUGAAGCGAAAGGAUGUCAGAUCGAUAACCGAGCUGUGCACAGUCAAGGGUAAUCAAAAAGCAUUAGUCAUCAUGAUUGGGCUGCUGACUUGCCAACAGGCUUCCGGAAUCACAGCAAUUUCAGCUUACUCGACGAUCAUCUUCAACCAGGUGGACUCUGGGCUAAGUACCGGCGUUUUCAUAAUCAUAUUGGGAAUCGUUAAGCUGACAAUUGCCGCCAUGGUGAUCUUCGUGGCUGACGUGGCAGGAAGAAGACCUUUGCUUCUUGCGUCCAUAUCACUGAGCACACUCUUCUUACUCGCCGAAGCUGUCUACUUUCAUCUGCAAGCCAACGGUACCGAUUUGACAUCAGUCUCGUGGCUUCCACUGGUGGCAAUGAUUGCAUUUCUGAUCAGCUACACAUCGGGCAUGGGAACUAUACCGAUGGUCACAGCCGCCGAAAUAUUUCCCUGCGAAGUCAAAGCCUUAGCCAUGACUGCCGCUGUUACCUACAUGUGUGCGGCUGGAAUUUGCGUCACUAAAUUGUACCAAAUCGUUUCGGACGCUUACGGCAUUCACGUGGCAUUGUAUAUCUUCACAGUCUGUAGCACGGCGUCAACGGCUUUCAUAUUCCUUGUCGUUCCCGAGACGAAAAGGCGUUCGCUAAAUGAGAUUCAAGACGAACUUCACGGCGUCACGAAACCAAUGUUGUGAAUAAAUUCACACGUAUAAUUUCGACUGAAACUUGUUAAGAAAACGAGCGAUGGUGUUGAAUCUAAUUGCGGAAGAACGUGAGAAAAGUGGACGAAACUUUACCUCAGUGGUCAUGGCCGGUAGCUUUUACGUUGUUGGUAUUAAGACCGUCACAAAAACCAUUUCUUGUGCC